AUGGACAACAGCCUUCUCAUCUUUGCUGAGAGCUACCAGGUUCUGAACUAUGUCUAUGUGUCUCUGGCUACCUUCUGGGUCUGGGAUUGUCUCAUCACCCUCGACGAAGAGAUCGCUUUUCUGAGGAACUCCAAGGCUCAAAUAAUCAAGAUCCUCUAUGUGCUCACCCGCCUCAGCCCGUUCGUGAUGCUCGGUCUGCACGUGUACUUCGACUUUUAUGAGGGAGACACACCAGAUUACUGCCUCCUUAUAGACACCGUUGCCAGUGUCUUCAGCCUCAUCAUCAUCUUCGCGUCAGACGCUCUAUUCUUACUGAGAGUAUACGCUCUGUGGGGAAACAACAAAUGGAUCCUUGCAUUCCUUAGCAUCAGCUUCGUCCUUGCAGUGGGUGGGACAUACGCUGUUGGCUUUGUGCCUUCGACGAACAUGCCAUUCUUGGAUAUCAAGAUCUACCCUGUUACCGGAUGCUUCUAUGGCUCCCAAGGCAACUACUACAUCGUCAUGUUUGUCUCGUUCAUCCUCCUUGAGAUCGAGAUCAUGGUCCUGACUCUUCUUCGUGCAUAUCUUAACCGUCGACAGGAAGCUUUAUCUAAAGACCUGGUCAAAGCCAUUCCUUUCGGGUCGAGCGGACCAAAGCACAACAUGCAGGACCUUCUAAUUACUCGAAACUUACUCUACGUCUUCGUUAGUCUGAGUUUGACCAUCGCCAACUUGGUCACAUGUGUCGUACUUCCAGACGCCUACAGCGGUCUCUUGGAAGACCCACAAUUCGUUCUGAAUGUCGUGCUUGCUACCCGGAUGCACCGCAGCCUCUGGGCUGCAAGCGAGAAACGCACCAUGGCUGACUGUACCUACACGGACUUCAUCAACGCGGAGAUGGAAGCUCUUGACAACAUCGUGUUCAUCACCGAGUCAACCUCGGACAGGCCGAGCUCUAGUGCGAGUGGACAGCCAUGA